AUGCUUUUUCGCUCUAUUGUUGACAGAGGAGUCCGUAAACAGAGGCGCAAUGGUAAGAAUGUCAAUGUAUAGGAGUCCAGACAGUAGUCUGCCUUCAAUCUUGCCUAACAUUUAAGUCAUUUAGCAGACGCUCUUAUCCAGAGUGACUUACAAAAUAGCCUAGACAGCUACAGCACUGAUAGAACAAUGAGAAAGAUAUUUGGCUAUAACUAGCUAGUUAGCCAAAGUUAGUUAGGUAGCUAGCUUAGCUGUGUUCACUAUAACAUUGUUGGCUGUUAGGCUGGCCAUUUUGUGUUGCUGAUGGAUGGAUGGAUAGAUGGUCCCCUGUAGCUCAGUUGGUAUAACAUGGCGCUUGCAGCGCCAGGGUUGUGGGUUCGUUUCAAACGGGGGGCCAGUAUGAUAAUGUAUGCACUCACUAACUGUAAGUCGCUCUGGAUAUGAGCGUCUACUAAAUGACUAAAAUGUAAUAGAUAUUGUUGUGGGGAAGUGGCUAGCGUUAACGACUAGCUAAGGAGGACCCUGGUGGUGGCCAUUACACACUGUUUUUGCUGCAUGUUUCACAGUGGUUAUACGUUUAUUUUUUUGUUUCCUCUUCUCCACCAGACCUCAGCCCAAAGUACCCGUUGUCCUCUCUGCUGGAGGGCUACCAGUGUACACGGCAUGAUGAACACCUCUCAUACGGGAACCUGGGGGUAGCCGUGCCCCCUUUUGGAUGCGCCUUCUCUACAGGUAAUACAGGAAGUACUUUACUGUGUGUCUAUGAGGGCGUUAACCAUGAACCACUGUUCUGAUGGCCUUUUUUUGUUUUUCUGUUAACUGCUUAUUUUCCUGUCGUUUUAGCCCGAGGGCUGCAGAGUGUACUUGCCGUGGCCAACGAGGAGGGUGUCUUGAGGCUCUACAACACAGAGAACCGACAUAGUCCAGUUCUGAAAGGUAACUUAUCACCUGAGUGGCAAAACCACACCACCAACAGAGUAACUCAAGCAUCUUGUUUAUUGGACUGAGACAACAAAUGUAUGAUAAUGCACCCUUAUUAUGCAGACUGCCUAGGAAGGUUGUGAGACACAACACUGGUUGUGACUAGCCAUUGCAGCUCUCUGAAUCUCCAGCCUAGCUUGCCUUGUUUUAGGACCCUAACCCAUUAAAUGUCAUCAGAUGCCAAUUGGGGUACAAACUUAAUUUUCCUAUUCCAUAGAAUGGAUGGCACAUGAGAAUGCUGUAUUUGACCUUGCUUGGGUGCCAGGGGAGGCUAGCUUGGUGAGUAGUAGAAGUUUUCCCUGAUUUGUUUCACAUCACACACAGUGGUCAGACUACUAUUUUCUAUAGAUGUGUUAGACGCAUGAUAAAAUGUUGUGUAUAUCAGGUGACUGCGUCAGGUGAUCAGAUGGCCAAGCUGUGGGACGUGACAUCGGAGGAACUCCUUGGCAGCUUCAAGGGGCACCAGUGCAGCCUCAAGUCUGUUGCAUUCACACAGCAGGAUAAAGGUCAUUUUCAUAUCAAUUCAAUAGAACUUUAUUGACCUAGAGUGGCAGCGCAUGAUACAUUAAAAACAUAUUUUUUUUAAAAGUAUGUUUCCUGAAUGCAGAGACUCGGCUUGCUCCAUGGAGUGUAUGGUCUUGGUUUAUCGAGUGUAUGGUGUAUAGCCAUGCUUAAAAAUGUUUUUAUAUGAUAGUCGUAGGCAUCAUCAUAUACCAUCUUGACAGCUCAGCUACUGAGAACAAAACUCUUCUUAAACGGCUGCUGCAGAGUUUCUGUUUUACCCCAGGGGAGCCCAUGCUUUUUAGGGCAAUGCACACUUUGUUGAUUGUGUCCGAAAACCUCUUAGUAACCAUGCUAACAUCUCUCUUCUCCAACAGCUGUGUUCUGUACUGGGGGCCGAGAUGGGAAUAUUAUGGUCUGGGACACCAGGUGCAGCAAAAAAGGUAAGGACAGAUAUGAAAGUGAUUACCCUUUUUCUUUAGUGUAAACAGUAUGUUUGAAAUCGAUAGGUUAGUUGGUGCAUAUUUUGGAUCUUAAAUCUUUCAAAUGUUUGAGUUUUUCAGUGAGUAAACCCAGAACUAAAACCUUGGGUAAUUGUGCCUGAUGCUCGAUGAAGUUCUGGGGGGAGACGUGUUAGAAGAUAUACUAGAAUGAGGAGCGGGAGAAGGACAGUUGCUCCACCCCACUCUCUUUGCAUGUUACGGGCAAGUCUAUGGGCCAAAUAUCCCCUUCCGAAAUGUGAAAGAUGCGAUCACCUGCGAAAUUGCAAUUUGUCCAAAUGAUCAGUCACAAGAAUCUGUGCACCGGAACAAAGUUCCUUGUUAGUCGUCGCAUCCCUCACUGUUGACAGACGCUACGAUACCAGUUAUGUUACGUGCGUCUAUCUACGAGAGAUUGAGUAAUGGUGUUUGUUGUUUUUCCCUUCAGAUGGCUUCUACAGGCAGGUGAAGCAGAUCAGUGGGGCUCACAAUAAGACGGACAGAAACACACCCUCUAACCCGAAGAAGAGACGCCCGGGCACACGCGGCAUGGCCCCCUCUGUGGUGAGUAGCAAAACCGAUCCAGUGUCCGUUUUUUAUUGUUCAGUUUAUACUGAUUACAGUUAGGGACUGGGAUAUUAAGAGCUAAUCUGUUCUUCUCCAUCUCUUGUAGGACUCUCAGCAGAGUGUCACCGUGGUGCUAUUCCGUGAUGAACACACCCUCAUCUCGUCAGGAGCUGUUGAUGGGUAAUACUUUUUUUAAUGCUACUGAGCAGUGCUGCUCUGGUUACGUACUGCGCUGGCCUGGUUACGUAUCUGACACAGUUGCUGAACCAGGCUGAAAAGGACAGUGUGAAAAGCAAACAUCUGAGCCAGUAUGGUUUGAGUCGGCACGAUGGUGUGACAAGCCAGCACCACAAAGAACGAUUCUAACUUUCGAAUGUGAUGUUUUUCCAUCCAACCAGGAUAAUCAAGAUGUGGGACCUUCGGAAAAACUACACUGCAUACCACCACGACCCCAUACCCCUCCAGGCAUACCCGUACCCAGGCUCCAGCACACGGAAGCUAGGUGAGGUUUCUCAAACAUGACGCAAAUUCAUAAAUUGUAUCCUUCCUUGGAAUAGGCUAAUCACUUAUAAGACAUUACUGGAUUGGUGAAGCUACUGUCUGGAACUCAUACUUUCAUCUAGCCAACUGUAGUAAGAUCAGUGAAUACUGCAAAGGAAUGAAGGAAGCCAUUUUACAAGGAUUCAAACAGGUUGUGUUGUUUUUUCCUAGAGUAGGACAAGUGUAGGACCUGAUCUGUGUUGUCUGUGUAGGUUACUCGGGGCUGGUGUUAGACUCCACGGGCUCCAACCUGUUCUCCAACUGCAUCGACGACAACAUCUACAUGUUCAACGUCAGCGGACUGAAAACCACUCCAGGUAAACAAAUGCUCCCUAAAAAGCGCCUUCUGCAUGUCAUUCUAUUUCUAUGGCCACAUCCAUCAAAAGCAUGACUGCAUUCAGCCCAUUACUUUUUUUUAUGGCAAGUUACUUUAAUGCACCUGUAUAGUCUCCCAUCUAUUCACAUUAAGCUCCUGCAUGCCAUUAAAUGUUUAAUAUGCCACUACCACUGUUUACCACCAGGUGGGGCUGCACACUACUUCUGUACGGUUGAGGCUAUUUUCUAUAUGGGAAGCUGUCAAAUGGGAAGAUGUAUUUGCUUGAAUAGCUAGUUGAACUGCAUGUGCCAACACCAUCAUAAUGAAUUUGACCACUGAAAUUUGGCUACCGUCUCCUCUCCUCUGUAACUAUUCCCCAGGUCGUUGCUGUAAAUGAGAAUGUGUUCUCAGUCAACUUACCUGGUAAAAUGAAUAAAAAUGCAACGUGCCUGACAUGUAUGAUAUUAAAUCGUCUUUACAAUAGCCCAGAGGUCGUUGAACAGACAGGAUGGGUACAGUGUGUACGGGAGACUGUCUGACAGAGAUGAGAAAUACCUCAGUGUUUGUGUUAUUAAUUAGUCAUCUAAGCCUGGGUUGUGUUCAUUAGGACAUGCAAAGGAAACGUUUUUAAAAGGUUGCAGUGGAAAGCAAAAAUUAGCGGUUCUUAUUGGACAAGUCAAGGUAGCCCCUCCCUGUUUUACUCUGCUGUCUUCUGUUUGUUGCCUAAUGAACACCGCCCUGGUAUUUUUACCCACUAGCUGAGACUGGGUGCUGCACUGCUGGGUGUGGGGUCUUUCUUCCGGCAUUAGUCAAGAAUGUAGCCCAGGGGGCUCUAACUUACCAUGUGACCAGUCCCUUGACCGAACAGGAAGUAAUAUGUGUGGAGACUGGAGUGCCUCCUCAGCAGGGCUCUACAGUGUGACCAUUUGACAUGCAUAUGUGCCGAAAUGUAGCUUUGCGACCUGGAAUUUUUAUUUAGGAGCACCAGUGCACCUAGAAAAAUUUAAGGAUUCUAGCUUUUUUCAUUGUGCUCCUACAUUUCUUUGUGUGCACCUACUUUUUUCAACUUAGGCACACAUGUGCUCCUUGAAAACAAAGUUCAGCGUAGAGCCCUGCUCCUCAGGAUCACGUUUUGUGUACUCACCCUGUGUACUCUGAACAACUGAAAUGUUGUUCUGGUGGUUUCAAUGUCUGGUUCUGUGCACUUUUAUUUCUGAUGUUCUAACAUGUCUUUCUCUUGCAGUGGCAGUCUUUGGUGGUCACCUCAACUCCUCGUUUUACGUGAAGUCCACUGUUAGCCCAGACGACCAGUUCCUGGCUAGUGGCUCAAGUGACCAUCAUACAUACAUCUGGAAGGUGAGCCGACAUUUACAUUUACCCAAUCCAGUGAAAAUCUUUGAAAAGCAGACUGACAGACGAUGGCUGACAAAUAAACAUGCUUUGACUAUUUAAUAACUAUUAUAUCCGUGCGUAUAUAACGUGUCUUACCCACCUAUUUUCCUAUUUCAGAUCUCCGACCCAAAGCAGGCUCCUAUGAUGCUUCAGGGCCAUAACCAGGAAGUGACCUCCAUAGCAUGGUGCCCCACAGAUUUCACAAAGGUGAGAUCUAAGAUUUUGUCUAUGUUCACAUAGCCAGCAUGAUUUCAGAUGGUGUGUGUUUAGAAUGUUACUCAUUCAAGAACGGUCAUCCUGCAGCUUCCAAGAAAUACACCUUUUUGUGCUGCUUUUAGAUCCAUUCUGUGUCCCUGGAGCAAAUGUUCACAUUCUAAAUGUUAUGCCUUUGCCAUAAAACUGAAUUGUGAUAGUUGAAGUGGUCAGGAGGAGGAGGUGCAGGGUUGUAGCCUGGGUAGACCAGACUGAAAGCUGUGUUCACCAUUGAAACAAUGAUGAGUGCAGUGUUCAGUCUGGUUUAACCAGGCUAGGAGAGGUGUAGAUUGGGGCCCUCUGUAAUCUCAUGCUCUGUCUUGGCAGAUUGCUUCCUGCUCUGACGACAACACCGUACGGAUCUGGCGUCUGGACCGGGGCACGGAUGGAGCAAAGUCCUCUGUCGGAGAGGCCAAUCUGGUGGGCUGGGCGUGUCCUAAACCUGCCACCACCGUGUCGAGUCCAAGUGAGUACCGCUACUGCUGCUAUUUAUCAGCAGAGAGGGGGUCCAUUACAUUUUUGACAUUCCAAUCAAUGAGAUAAUAGGAUUGGACAUUACUAAAAUGGCCUGAUGAAAGAUGGGGAAUAUCUACAAUUACAUAUCCAUUGCAGUGGUUACCAUCCUUAAUUGUUUAUACUGGUCUGUAUAGCCAAACCAUAACAAAGAUGACUAUCUCCAAUGCUUCUUGAACAAGUGGAACUCUUUGGAUUGAAACUAAAACUCUUGUUUCUCUCCUUAAGGGCCUUUGAACCAGGCGGAGUGCACCCCAGCCAAGAGUCCCCGGGCAGGGAGUCUGGGGGCCCUGUCCUCCCCCCAGCCUGCCGCCUGCGCCCCCAGUGGAGCCGACCUGCCUCUACCCUCCAGCACCUCCGCCGCCUCCCCCCUUCAGGCCCAGGGUGCCAAGGCCACCCUCAUACGCCAGAAAACACCCUCCUCCAUCAGGAACUGGUUUGCCCGGUCUCCUGGGGAACAGGUCACCUCUCCUCUCCACAAGGUACUCAGCCCCCAGAGCCCAGCCGGUACCCCUCCCUUGGAGAGGGGGGCCAAGCGCCGACUGGAGACGGGUGACUGUGGGGCAGCAGGGGGCUGCGAAGGUGCGGGGCAGUGCGACUGCGUCACAGAGCUCUACCCCGCAGCCAAGAGGAGCCGGGGACUGGCAGGCCUGUGCUGCCCCAGCCAGGAGCCACCUCAGGCGGGCACAGAGAGGAGUGAGGCCUGGGGAGGAGCGGGCCUACAGGUGGAGGACCAGAUGCCUGUCCCAUCCACACAGGCAAACAAGGAGAACUGCUCUCCAUGUGGGGCAGACUGGUUGUCUGUGAUGAGCCAGAGGCUGAGGAAAGGUGUGGGAAACCCCAGCAGCACUCCCAGAAGCCCCAGUGCCUGCAAGGGGCAAGAUGGCAGGAUGCCAACCUCACCGGUAUGCACAAGAUCCUAAGUUACAAAUUGACCUGAAAUUAGUGAAGUCUAGUGAUGUUACAGUAUAAACAGGAUUUGCUCCCAAUGUAGAACAAACACUGACGGCUCUAACUGCAUAAUCGGGUACCUGUAAUCAUUGACCUUUCUCGUCUCUCUCCAUCUCAGGCAAUGCGCUCUUCCUCCCAAGCAAUGCGUUCACCACGAUCCAUGCAGAAAAUCUCCUCCUACUUCCAGCAAAAGCCUCCGGAGUGAUCAACUUGGAUUGAAAAUGUAUUCUCAGUGCUGAUUGAGAGAGAGCGAGUGCAAAAUCCUUGAGGGUUCUCCUACAGUAUUUAUAUUUGUAAUAUUUUUUUGUAUUUCCUAUGUAUUUUAAUUGGGAUCACUGUUCAACAGAAAUCUUUUUGAAGAUACAUGUUUAUGUAUGUGUGUAUAUAUAAUGUGUGUAUGUAUAUGUGGGUUGAUUCUUAACCUUCAAAUCCCAAAAAUGGGUACAAUAUUGCGUACCCUUAAAACAAGUUGUUCACUCAACAUAGAAGACAUACUUACGAGAGAUUCCUCUUCUCAUGUCUUUAUUUUGUACAUUAACUUUUUCUGCCGUCAGUUCAUUCAUUCGUACGAGAUAUUGUAUAACUUUUGUGAAAAUGUGCUUUUUGUGUGUAUGUACAUAUUAACUUUGAUUAUUGCUUGUAUAAACUGACUUUAGCCAAA